AUGUCGCUUCCGGAAUUCCUCUCCGGCAGCUACCGCCGUUACAAAGAAGACACCACCGCUUUUACCACAUGGCUAUCCCAAGCUGCCGCCGCCGUCGGCUGGAAAGUACCAAAGAAACCAUUGCAGGAUGCAGAGCCAGCAAAACCCGGUGGCUCCUCAGCACCUUCUACCAACACCGCUCAAGCGCAGAGCGGCCGCCUCAAAGGCAAGGCUCGCAAAGCCGCGAAGGCGGCCGCUCAGCAAUCUACCGCCACCAGCAGCGGCGAACCGCCCAAAAAAGCAAAUGCAGUGGGCGUGCAGGGCAUUGGAUCUGUGACUCCCAAGAAAGAUGACGUAAAGGGUCCGAGCGCAGAUGAGUCGAAGGAUGGGCUGCUUGAUUUACGGAAUCAGUUCGAGGCGCUUGAUGUUGAGUAUGUGAGCGACCAGUUUGCGCUGGCUUCUGCCGAUGCUUCGAAGAGCGGUAGUGCGACGAAGAAUGAGGUGUUUGAACUCGAGGCCGACCCCGCCUGGGAAGAUGCAUUCAUCUGCUACUGCUUCUUCGAGGAUCUGCACUCCAUCCAGGAUACGCUGAAGGAUGUGUGGAAGAAGUAUCAGGAUGAAAAGCUGGACCUGGUCUCCGCAACCAUGACCACCAACGCCGCCAUCGAAUUGGUACAGCAUGCCGAGAAAGAUCUUCUGGACGCGACCUCAACUCUCCACGCGUACAAAAGGCCUUAUGACAGAGUAGCAAUGUCUGUUUUCUACGCUGAGACUCUCCGCAAUGGCAGAGACCCCGAUGAAUAUCUCAGCUCUCCGGAAUCCUUGGAAGUCAUGGAUCUGGACGACUUCAUCUACUUGCCAACAGCCCGUGUGCUCAUGAAAGCGGCUGAUAUGGCCAAGUAUAUGGACAAGAUCAACUGGCCUGUGCCUGUUCCCCAAAUGCGCUUCGGCUACAUCGCACGCCCCGAACUACUUGAGCUUCCAAAGUACGAGAAACUUGAAAAGGACAGAACCUUGACUCAACUACUCCAUGAGGUUGCUCUCAUCCACAAAAUGAGGGAAUUUCCUGGCAUUGGCUCCGCGAAGGUCCUUCCGGAUGUUCAGGAUGGCUUUUCAAAAAGCAUGGAACGUCUGUGGACCAAAGGCGAGGUCAGCGCCCAUAACGUAUUUGCAUCUCGAAUAAUGCUGGAUAUCAUUGAAAUCACCAGCGACCAACCUAGCUUCCACAAAGAUCUUCUGCAAAUGGGCAAGCACACACAGCGGAACAUCGAGUUCCAAAUCCACUCAGAUGGGUCUUUGGGUACGGGCGACACACGUUGGCUUACUAAGGAUCAGAACACUAUCAUGGACAUCUACCAGUUGACUGAGAUGCAUAUCCCAUACCUGCCUGUGGGCGAGUUUAAGAAGAUGAUGAUGGCAGCCAAUAAGGACAACCUUGCUCCGGGAUACUCCAUGGAUGACGCACCGCCAGAAGUGCGGGAAGCAAUUAGAGAAGGUCUUCGAAAGAAGGGCUUGGAUCCAGAUGACGGCCCGUCAGAGGAGCAUAAGAGAAAUGCCAAGAAGCUCGACCUGAGACCAAUUCCGCCAGCACCGGAACCCAAUUUUGCCGUCACACACAAUCCCCUUUUGUGCGGCAUGAUGGCUCUCCAGCUGGACGUCUUGAACGAAGAGGCCGGCGUAGCCCUCUCCAACCACCAUCUCUCCAUCUUCGCAACAGCCCAUCUCUACAACGCCAUCCGCCAGCUCCGACUCACUCAAAUCAGCUGGCCCGACCUGGAACGCGUCAUGGAUCUCCACGCCGGCCCCAUCUUCGCCAACGACGUACCCGACACACCGGAAAAGUUCUUCGCACGAAUGGCCUUUCGCAUCGGCAGCAGCGCUCGCCCCAGAAAGAUGGACAAGGAGCAGAAGCUAUUCCUGCACGUCACGCCUGCAACAAAGGCCCUCCGCGAGUAUAUCGACGGCAAGCAGCCGGUCCAGGGCGUCAUCAGGCAGGUUGACGACCAGCUGCAAGAGCACAUGCCUGUGGCGAGCUCCGCGAACGCCGCUACCACUAUCGGCUUGAGCAAGACCGAGAAGAAGAGCACCAGCCACAGUCUUCGCCGCCGUCGCUUGACGCCGCUUCAGUCUGUCGAGGCGCUGCAGUCCCUCAUGCCGGCCAUCUUGCCGGACAUCACCAUCGACUACAUCGCCCUGACGAAGACGUGCAACGCGCUCAUGCGUGCCGUCCGACAGCGGAUCCAGGAGGAAAUGGGCACCGCCUACCCAUCAUUGGCUCAUCCGGGCGAUAGUAACGAUCAUGGGUUUUUGGUCAUGGUUUUGAAGAUCUUGGAAGAGACGAAGGUGGAAGAAGAGGCUUUGCAGAGGAAGAAGAAGGGUGAGGCAAAGGCUUUCGAGGGCGGGGAACAGCUGAGGUUGGCGGCGGAAACCAUGGAGGAGUUUUGGAGUGAGCGAGCUAUAGGCGUCUUGGGUGAUCGUGUAGAGAGAGUCCUGUCUAUGUAA